AUGUGGCAUACGCUGAAGCUUCUUCUUCCCUGUCUGGCCGUCGUGGCCAGCGCCGCGUCAGGAUCGACUGAAGGAUCUAUAAUCUUGCUUGAUGCAGACCAAACAAUUUCUUCCUUCACCAGGGAUGUGGUUCGUGAAGACAUUGCAAGACUAUUCUUGCAGCAACGGAUACUGUCCACCGAGAGCACCACACCUACUAACCAGCUACUUCUCGCGAGACCUGUUCUGGAGCUACUGAACAUAUAUGGAGGGAAUCAGUACAGCCUCUUUCAAGAUGUGCCAAUUAGUGAACAGCAGAAACUCCUUGUUGUGGUGGAGGGGAUUCUGAAGGAUAAUACUGCUAUCGCCCCCAAGACCCCGAACACCGCAUUGAAUAUGCGUUCAGUUUCUACGGAUUUUGUCGACAGUAUAUUGAUGGACACCAUAUCCGAAUGGAAACAUUGCGAAUAUGGAGCCAAGGCGAAUGAUGACGUUCAAAAGCUUCAGAGUUGUCUAUAUCAGCACCCAACCUUCAUUGGUUCUCCUCAAAGACCAAUCACCCAACUACUCGAAGGAUUGCCUUUGUCGUCACUUGAAGCUUGGUCCGAUGCCGCUGGUAGCAGAGAAAUACUCAGACUACGAUUCAACGAGCACCUUAGUGAUGCAACCACCGCAACACAAUUCCUAACUUCGCUCUCCUCCCUCUUCGACAACUAUGAACAAACCAUCCUCCUUGUCCCACAACAACAAGAAGCCACCUCCUCCACACGCAAAUCACCCAUCAAGAAGAACGUCUACCCCACCGCUAGACCAAGGCUUCACUCUCAAUCCCGCAGAAGCCAGAGUGUCAACGCAGCCUCAUCAGACUACCUAUCAACACUCAUGCCAGUCUGCCACAGCACAAACGAUACCUGCACCAGCUCCACAAACGCCUGCUCUGGCCACGGCGUCUGCUACCUCAAAUCCGCCGGCGUCAAGGACAACGACUGCUAUGCAUGCAAAUGCGACUCUGAAUGGGGUGGUCCAGCAUGCCAAAAGGUGGAUAUCAGUACGCAAUUCUUCCUUAUUGGAACCGUCAGUGUUCUCGCCAUUCUGGCUGUGGGUGGUGGCAUUGGCUUGUUGUUCAGCGUUGGACAGGAGGAGUUACCGAGUGUUAUCAGUGCGGGUGUCAGCUCGGUAAAGGUUUCGAGGUAG